AUGUUUAAACACUCUCAUUCACACGAUCAUUCGCAUUCGCAUUCACACUCACAUUCACAUUCACAUGAUCAUAGUAGUCACAAUUGCGAUGAUGGAGAUAAUGAUGGUGAUGAUGAUAUUAGUAUAGAUGAUCAAGACAACGAAGACGAAGAAGAAACAGAUGAAAAUGAAAUCAAACACUUCAAGACUGUCGUAGAGGCAUUCUUUAGUUAUAGACAAUUCGCCAAUAACUGGGCUGAACAUAUGCGAGAUUACUUUAAUGAAAGAUUGACUGAUAAUCAAAGAAAACUAUUACCAAAUUAUAUUAACAAGUUGGAUGCGAUGAAACAAGCUGGUGUUGGUAAUGCCAACUUUUUACAUAGGAUUGGUGCAGAAUGUAAUCAAGUGUUUCAAGCAGAGAAAUCAUCUAGUUCGAUCCCUCAGGUUGGUGGUCAAGACAAAGAACAACAAGACAGUUGUUCACCAGACCCAAAAAACAUUGAUAAAGUAAAGAGUACACUUAAACAAUUUGCAAGAGAAUGGAGUAGUGAAGGAAAGACUGAAAGAGAUGCUACAUUCUUACCUAUACUGGAAAAACUGGAACAACUGUUCCCACAAACCGACGACCCUUUACGUAAACGUAGUGCAAUCAAAGUAUAUUGUCCUGGUGCUGGAUUGGGUAGACUUUGCCUUGAGGUUGUAUCAAGAGGAUUUUCAUGUCAAGGUAGUGAAUUUUCUUAUUUCAUGUUACUUGCUUCAAGUUUUAUUUUAAACAAAGUUUCAAAAGCAAAUGAAUUUACUAUUUAUCCAUUUAUACAUCAAACAGUCAAUGUACUUAGAGAUGUCGAUCAAUUGAGGAAUAUUAAAGUUCCAGAUGUAUACCCACUGGAAAUGUUACCAAAAGAUCCAGAUUGUGAAUUUAGUAUGGUUGCUGGUGAUUUUACCAAAACUGUUCAAUCAAAACAUUGGGAUGUUGUUUGUACAUGCUUUUUUAUUGAUACUGCAAGAAAUAUAGUUGAAUAUAUUGAAUGUCUUGCAGAGAUGAUCAAGGAUGGUGGAUAUUGGAUUAAUUUUGGUCCAUUACUUUAUCAUUUUGCUGACCAUCAAGACUCUAUUGAAUUGUCCUACGAACAACUCAGACACAAGCUCUCUCAUGUCUGUUGUAUAUAA